UGCUGCGCAGCAGAGAAGUUGGAGCACAUCCUGCUCUCAGGCUAGAUAACACUCGCACUUCCCACUACUGAAUGAGAAGGUGGGAAAUCAAGUGGUGAGAAGACAAACAGGACACCACAGAAGACUCUGGGCAUUUUCCACAUUUUCAAUUUCUGGGCACAUCUCUUAAUGGAACAAAUGUGGACUCAUAACGAGAAGCCAAGCAGGGCAUGGCUUUAAGCAGACUUCUGCUGCUCUGUAUGAUAGCCUCUGAAGUGUGGGACAGUGAGACCAAGUCCACAGAGUUUGUGUGCAGUAGAGCAGCCAGAAAGGCUUUGAAUAUUGUGCCCGAGAUGUCCAGUGCACUGAGUAAUUGUAAUGGCUCGGCAACCCUCUCCACACAGGUUCAGCUACCCUGCACUGAGCUUCACGCAGCAUCUUGGGAACACAAAUCGGAGCGGGAGAAGAGAGGAGAGAUAGUUGCAUCUUUAAGGCUUCUUGUCGAGGGUGUGAAGUCUGAAAGGAGCCUCAGACCGGCAGGAUGUGGCGCUUUGCUGCUGCAGAGACUGGAGAACAACAUCAACAACUACCUGCUCAUCCUCACCCGCCUUCAGCUGAGCGGGGCAGUGGUGACUCCAUCGCUGUCUUGUGUUCCUCGAAGCACUCAGAGUCUGAGAACAGUCCUGAUGAGUUACAACCUGCUGAUCUCAGCCAAGCUGGAGUGGUUCAUGGUUGGCCUGGAGCACAAGUGCACCAAUUCCCGGUGACACGGGAGCAGCUUUUCACUAGUGCAGCUGGGGGUCGCUCACGAAGGAGGUCCAUCAAAGCAAAAACUGGAUUGAUCUACAUUUUUUUCCGUCACCUUUUCGCAGAAGUCACUGUUAUGGAUGUUCUGUUUUUCAUAGCCAGAAGAGAGUGAAUACUUCACUAUCUGUCGGUCAUUAAGAUAAAGCAAAGCCAGGGUAAUAUGAAUAUAAGAAAAAUGAAUGUAUGAUAUUGAGGCGUUUUAUGUUUGUUUGUUUUAGUUUUAUCUUUGUAUCAUUCUGCAGGACAGUGGAGAUGCUUUAAAUACGACUGUAAGCAUGUAGAUCCUACAACAGGCUAAAAUCUGCCAUGUAGCGUUUUUAUGAUGCCUUCAGACAACAUCUGUAUUAUCUAAAUCCUGGUUCCAGAUGUUUUUCAGCUUAAUAAUGUAAACAGAAUGAGACUUAUUCCAACAUAUUUGUUGCUCUUCAGCCCUGCUAAUACUGCAAUAUCUUUUUAGGAGAAAGCAAAUGUGUUUUUCUCUUUGCACUUUUAAAUCUUAUCUUGUUUACCCUUUGAAUAAGAGCAUUGCUAAAGAAGUAUGCUGCUAUUAUUAUUAGCAUUAUUAUUAUUAAUAUGAUUAUUAUUUGCUUUUCUAGUACAAGAAAUCUCCGUAUUGUUGGAAAAUUUCUCGAUAGAAUUCAUAUAUUUUGCAUUUAAAGAUACAUUAUUCAAAAUAAUUGUGAUACAGGACUUUUAUAAUAUAGACGAAAGACAGAAAGACUGUUUUUUGUUUUUCACUAAUCAUUUAAUUUAUUUUAAUUGAUUGCUGUCUAAUAAAAACAAAAAAGAAGCUAAUUAUAAGGAGACGAGACUGGACAUUAUAGGACGAGCCCUUGCAGGAAGCAACGUCAUUUUUGUCUCCAAUUAGCAAAUUACCUGCCCAAGGUGAAGGGCUCGUGCAGGUGAGGCGUGGAGGUAAAUGGCGGCUCUCGACGUGGAUGGCACGUUUCACCAUAACAACAAUAUAGAACUGAUCUUUUAUUUAAAUAAAGUUGCACUUACCAGUUAUUAUUGAUAAUCUACGAUGUCAGAAAAAACGCCUUUAUUACACUACCGACUGACCACUAGCGGCGAGCCGUCUGAUGGAUCUAAACGCACCGGGGUCGGAGGAGGGGUACACCCCGGACGAUCCAAGGAUCGGGCGCCUCAGAAGCUCGGGGUGCUGUUUGGAGUCGUCAUUCCAACUUUACUGUCCAUGUUCAGCGUUGUUGUGUUCUUGCGGAUUGGAUUUGUUGUGGGCCAAGCAGGGCUGUACCACACUAUUGCCAUGUUCCUGGUGGCCUACUUCAUCAUCACAAUGACUGUGCUCUCCAUCUGUGCAAUCUCCACCAAUGGAGCUCUAGAUGCUGGAGGUGCCUACUACAUGAUCAGCCGAGCCCUGGGUCCAGAGUUUGGUGGCAGCAUUGGGAUCAUGUUUUUCUUUGCCAACAUUUGCAGUAGUGCUCUCUACAUUUUGGGUUUGGUCGAGGCUAUUACAUCUACCUUCGGGGUCCCAGAAGAGGGUGCUGCAGCUGCUGCAGGUCACCAUCACAUGCUGCCGUCGGGAUACUGGUGGUCUCUGCUUUAUGGCACCGCCCUGCUUUUCCUGUGUUUCAUUGUGUGCCUGUCCAUCCCGAGAGGAAGUCUUGCUGCUGUUUUUACAACUUUCAUCACAUAUAAUGUGCUGAGUCUGCUGGCGGCAUGGUCCUGUGACCGUUAUCUUCUCCAAAGAGACUACAGCUUCCUGGGGGACAUUAAUAUAUUGCCACCCAUGGUCACAGUUGGCAUUUACUCCUCGGCCCUGUCUGCAGCAAUGAGUAACCUUAUUGGAGCCUCCAGGGUGCUGUACGCCCUGUCCAAAGACGACCUGUUUGGCGGUGUUCUGGCUCUGGCAAGGAAAACCUCUCAAAAUGGAAACCCCUGGGUCUCAGUGCUUGUCUCUUGGUUGCUUGUGCAGAUGGUGCUAUUUGCAGGUAAAUUGAACACCAUUGCUGGUAUUGUAACCAUCUUCUUCUUGUUGGUGUAUGCUGCUGUGAACCUGGCCUGUUUGGCUCUUGAAUGGGCUUCUGCACCAAACUUCAGACCCUCGUUCCGCUUCUUUACAUGGCACACCUGCACUCUGGGCAUCCUCGGCUGCCUGGUCAUGAUAUUUUUGAUCAAUGCAAUUUAUGCAUUUGCCAGCAUAGCCUUUAUGCUGGUGCUCUUGAUGCUUAUCCACUACCUGGGGCCCAUCAGCAACUGGGGCUACAUCAGCCAGGCCCUCAUCUUCCACCAGGUGCGUAAGUACUUGUUGAUGUUGGAUGUGCGAAAGGACCAUGUUAAGUUCUGGAGGCCCCAGGUGCUUCUGAUGGUUGCAAACCCUCGCAGCUGUACAGGCCUCAUGACUUUCAUUAAUGAUCUGAAGAAGAGUGGCCUCUAUGUGCUUGGACACAUAAAGCUGGGCUUGCUGGAUGAGCUGCCCUCUGAUCCUUUGCAGAGUCGAUAUGACUCCUGGCUCUGUUUAGUGGAUCAUUUGAAAAUCAAAGCGUUUGUCAACCUGACCCUGGCUGACUCCGUCCGACACGGCGUUCAGAAUUUGCUUUUCAUCUCAGGCUUUGGUGGAAUGAGGCCCAACACCCUUGUCUUGGGUUUCUAUGAUGACUGCACUCCUCAUGACCACCUCCAAGGUCAUAUUCUCCUGUCUACAGGCCAUAGCUUUGAUACGGUCUGUCCAACCAAAGUCCCUGGAGAGCAACGCUCUCCCUUCUUUCCCAGUCUGCGGGGUGCUGAGGACCCCAAAGACCUCCAGGAAGAGGAAUACGUCUCUGUGAUUGCUGAUGCUGUAAAAAUGGGAAAGAAUGUGACUCUGGCUCGGUGUUUCGACCAGUUCAACCGGGACAGAGUCUUAGGGUCAGGAAGAAAGAUCAGAGGUGUGGCCGGGCCAUUCAUUGAUGUGUGGCCUAUGAAUCUUCUUCAGCCAGACAGCCAUAGUUAUGUUGGCAUCUGCUCAUUGUUUCUUCUCCAGCUGGCUUGUGUGCUUCACGAUUCCCGUGCCUGGAACCAGGCGAGACUCCGACUCUUCUUGUGCAUGGAGGCUGGCUACAGUCUGCAAGAAAAGGAGGAAGCAAAGCUCCAGGGUAUGCUUAGGGAUCUAAGGAUCUCAGCUCAGGUGCAGAUGGUGGCUUGGGAUGAGGUGGUGGCGCUACACUGGCAGAGGCAAAGAGAAAGGGCUGAACAGAAUGAGGAAGAUGAGAGAGAAGACUGUAACCAGACAUAUCCCAAUAAUGCCUCUCAACUUACAGAUGAGUACAUCUGUGCCGUCAAUGAUAUGAUUUGCCGUCAUGGUGUCCCUCAGCCAGCUGUGCGUUUCUUGUAUUUGCCACACCCCCCAGCUGAUAGAAGCCGUUACCGUGCCUACCUGCAUCAGGUGGACCUGUUGAGUCGAAACCUUGGACCGACAUUGCUCGUUCACGGAGUCACUCCUGUGAAGAGUGGCCUCUAUGUGCUUGGACACAUAAAGCUGGGCUUGCUGGAUGAGCUGCCCUCUGAUCCUUUGCAGAGUCGAUAUGACUCCUGGCUCUGUUUAGUGGAUCAUUUGAAAAUCAAAGCGUUUGUCAACCUGACCCUGGCUGACUCCGUCCGACACGGCGUUCAGAAUUUGCUUUUCAUCUCAGGCUUUGGUGGAAUGAGGCCCAACACCCUUGUCUUGGGUUUCUAUGAUGACUGCACUCCUCAUGACCACCUCCAAGGUCAUAUUCUCCUGUCUACAGGCCAUAGCUUUGAUACGGUCUGUCCAACCAAAGUCCCUGGAGAGCAACGCUCUCCCUUCUUUCCCAGUCUGCGGGGUGCUGAGGACCCCAAAGACCUCCAGGAAGAGGAAUACGUCUCUGUGAUUGCUGAUGCUGUAAAAAUGGGAAAGAAUGUGACUCUGGCUCGGUGUUUCGACCAGUUCAACCGGGACAGAGUCUUAGGGUCAGGAAGAAAGAUCAGAGGUGUGGCCGGGCCAUUCAUUGAUGUGUGGCCUAUGAAUCUUCUUCAGCCAGACAGCCAUAGUUAUGUUGGCAUCUGCUCAUUGUUUCUUCUCCAGCUGGCUUGUGUGCUUCACGAUUCCCGUGCCUGGAACCAGGCGAGACUCCGACUCUUCUUGUGCAUGGAGGCUGGCUACAGUCUGCAAGAAAAGGAGGAAGCAAAGCUCCAGGGUAUGCUUAGGGAUCUAAGGAUCUCAGCUCAGGUGCAGAUGGUGGCUUGGGAUGAGGUGGUGGCGCUACACUGGCAGAGGCAAAGAGAAAGGGCUGAACAGAAUGAGGAAGAUGAGAGAGAAGACUGUAACCAGACAUAUCCCAAUAAUGCCUCUCAACUUACAGAUGAGUACAUCUGUGCCGUCAAUGAUAUGAUUUGCCGUCAUGGUGUCCCUCAGCCAGCUGUGCGUUUCUUGUAUUUGCCACACCCCCCAGCUGAUAGAAGCCGUUACCGUGCCUACCUGCAUCAGGUGGACCUGUUGAGUCGAAACCUUGGACCGACAUUGCUCGUUCACGGAGUCACUCCUGUGGUUACGACUGACAUCUAGAAUUUUACUAACUCUUUGUCAUCGACUAGCAGAAUCUAGUAUCGUUCAUGGACGGGCUGUGCCUGUUGCCUCCCGAUUUAUUGACAUGUUAGUCGUCAACCACAGUAUUACAAACGAUG